UCUACUGACGGAAAAGGCGAAAAUGGUGAAGAGCAUGAAUAUGCUAUUGAAUGAGUUGGCUCGUGGAUAUAAGCUAGUUAGGGAGCUUGAUGCCAAGCUCAACCUAGAUUCAAUUGAGUUAUGCGCGUCGCUUGUACAGGAUAUACUUGAUUGUUUUGAGAACGUCAUGGCCAUGGCCAAAGCAAAUGCUCCUACAGGCUCCCCUCGGUUGUUUACCCUAAGUCCACAACAUGGGGUUUCAGAGCAGCCAUUUAAAGCUGAGCACAAGGAGAUGGCAUCGAAGAAGAGGAAAAUGCAGAGAAAAGGGACGAGUCGGCAGGUUAAGUUGGGAUCAGGGCCAGAAGCAGAAGGGCCAUUGGAUGAUGGGUUUAGCUGGAGGAAAUAUGGACAGAAGGAGAUCCUUAGAACUAAACACCCAAGAGGAUACUUCAGGUGCAGUCACCGCCAGUCUCAGGGCUGCCUGGCAACGAAGCAGGUUCAACAAUCCGACGACAAUCCAACGAUCUUCGAAGUCACUUACAGAGGAUCCCACACUUGCCAGCGGACGUCAUCACCGCAGACGAGCCUCAAGGUUAAAAGUGACAACCUGAACUACAAAGUUCCAGCGCCGACACAUUCAUCAUCCUUCUCAUUCCCAUCCACGCCCAUCAUCGACUUCACUGAGACCCUCUCUGCAAUGACAUCCGCGAACAGUUCUCCGAUGAUGGACGUCGAUUUCCUGAUGCACUCUUCGUCAGAGCUCGGUGUGACUUUUGAUGCAUUUGAUGCUUCAAACUUCCUCUUAUGAUUGUAGGCCAUGUUCAUGUAAAUGCAUCCUCCUCCUAGGGCUUGAAGGUUUAUUUUGGUUUAGGUAGAGUGUCUUCAAUUUGUAAUGAUCAAUAAAAGUAUGAUUAAAAUUUGGCAGUCCUGUGUUUAGCAUUGAGCAAAACUAAGAGAGUGUUCGGGGAGGCUUAUUUUUUGA